AGGGGAGGAGGGCGUUGGGAGCCGAAGCCCCACCUUUCAUUCCAGCAAAGAGCACCAGCAGAGCAGGAAUGACUCACAGGCGCGGGAGCUCAGGUUCCCACAGGUGAGGCGACAGACUGCUUUCCCCGGGAAAACGCCGAGGCGCUCUCUCCGCCAGGAGCGGCCUUGGCAGGGUGCUGGCGCGCUCCGUCUGCGCGGUCUGGUCUCUGGGGCCAGGCCUGGGUUUCCCUCAUGUAUGGCCAGAGCCCUACGCGUGCUGUGCUUUUUCUCCUUGGCGUACAGCUCACAGCUCUUUGGCCAGUAGCAGCUGUGGAAAUUUACACUCCCCGGGUGCUGGAGGCUGUCAAUGGGACAGAUGUCCGGUUAAAAUGCACUUUCUCCAGCUUUGCCCCAGUGGGUGAUGCUCUCACGGUGACCUGGAAUUUCCGUCCUCGAGAUGGGGGCCCUGAGCAGUUUGUUUUCUACUACCAUGUGGAUCCCUUCAAACCCAUGAGUGGGCGUUUCAAGGACCGAGUGGUCUGGGAUGGGAACCCUGAGCGGUAUGAUGUCUCCAUCCUCCUCUGGAAGCUGCAGUUUGAUGACAAUGGGACAUACACCUGUCAGGUGAAGAACCCACCUGAUGUUGAUGGACUGAUCGGGGAGAUCCAGCUCAGCGUCGUGCAGACUGUUCGCUUCUCUGAGAUCCACUUCCUGGCUCUGGCCAUCGGCUCCGCCUGUGCACUGAUGGUCAUAAUAGUAAUUGUGGUGGUCCUCUUCCAGCAUUUCCGGAAAAAGCGACGGGCUGAAAGAGCUCAUAAAGUGGUGGAGAUAAAACCAAAAGAAGAAGAAAAGCUCAAUCAGGAAAAAAAGGCUUCUGUUUCUUUAGAAUACACAGACUAACAUUCUUACAUGGAAGCUGAAUAUUUCCCAGAACAAGAACCCUAAGAUAAGCUGGAGUUAAUGGAAGCUUUGCUUUGGCUUUUCCAGUUGUGACCUGCCUUCCAACCAGCGCUGCAGUAUAUAACCACCUAGACGAGCAACGUUCCUCUGGAGCCAGCAUAGGGCCCUUCUUGAGCAGAUACCACCAGACUCACAAACAGCUCUGUUACUAAGGUUUUAUUUAAUUUCAGAGUGCAAAUAUUUUUCAAAUGCUCACUAGGUUUUGUAUACUAAGAAGCUAUAUUUUUGCCCUGAAACACUCCUUGUGGAUUAUGAUUUAUAUUCACAUAUAUUGGCCUCAAAUGAGAUAAAAACCAAACUCUCUGUCUCGUUUACUUUGAUAUAUUAAUUUUAGAGCAGUGUUCUAGCUACUAAAGUUAACAUCUUUAUUCUUUCCUUCUCACAUGCUUGGUUAAAAGGUGAGCUAAUUCUCUCAACAGUUUUGAUUAAUUAACAGAAAAUCCUAAAUUCAAACUGUUAAAGAAUAGUUUGAUUUUUAUGGCUCUCCUUAAGUAUGAGACACAUCUUAUUUUAUUGAAUUUCUUUCAAUACCCUAGAUGGCAGGUUUUUGUUUUUGUUUGUUUUUGGUCAGUUGACCCAAGGUUUACAGUAGCACAAGCCGAAACCACAGAAUAACUAGGGAAGGUGACAUAAAUGCUAAUAGAUUGACAAAUGCCACCUCAGGAUGAAAUGCUUGUCACCUUUUUUCUGUGCUCUUGAUAAGUGACCCAUAGCUCUAAUUUUUCACAAGCAGUGAAUGACUGUUUAGCUUACUAUAUUCCCCACUUCCAAUUCAAUUAUUUAUAACAACAGAGCAAAAUCUAUGCCCAUUUGUAGACUGGAAUCAUUAAGCAGUUAAAUGGAAGGAUUCUGAAGUAGUAUAUUACAAUUUAAGAAUUUAGGGCUAGUGAAAAAAAAUCAACCCUAAAUGGUGAUAAUUUUCUCUAGUGUUAUACAAAGCUCUGAGAACUGGAAGAGAUUAAAUUGUUUCUUUCUUUUAUAUAUUUUUUGUUUUAAUACAGCUUGAUACUUUGAUUUCACCAACUAGGCUGAAAAUGUUAUUUCUGUUAACAAACUGGAGUUUCAAAGCAGUUUAUUUGUAUUUAAAGAUGAUGAACUUUGAUUUUUUUCCCCAAUACUAAAAGAAACCCACUCUGGUAUAAUUUACUUAUGAACUUGAAAUGCUUCUCAUACCUGUCUCAUUUUGCCUUUUAUGCUGUCUAAAAAAGUGGUUUUAGUACCCAGUUUUGAAACUAAAAAUCAAAUUUAAAGUCCAUAUUACCUUUCAUUCACAUUUUCUUUUUUUCUCUAUAUAAAUCUUUGAAAAUAUAGUAACUGGAUAUUUCUUCAAACAGAUGGCCUGGAUAAAAUGUAAAGAGGUAGUUAAAAACUCAUGGAAGGUGUUUCCAGCGAAACUUGUAGUUUCUGUGUCUUGGUUAAAUGCUCAAGGAUUAAUACAGCCCCAUUGUUCAGUGUCUUCUACUUAAAGAGAACUUUUGUAUUGUAAUUUAUUUUUUAUUGUGCCUUAAACACUAUGUAAAUAACUGUCAGUAAUAAAGCAUUACAAUUAUA